GCGCGAGCCUGCGAGCGAAGUGCGGCGGCCGCGGAGGGCGACGGACCGGGCCGUGACCGCAGCCUCCCCCACGAGCCUUCCCUCGCCCCGGCCGGGUCAGCGCAGACCCACGGAGAGGCGGCGGCGGCGGCGGCGGCGGCCUCGGCAAGCUGUUUUUCUCUAGACUAAUAUAAAUAGAACAUCCUGGAAUCCACCAUGAAUGGACAGUUGGACCUAAGCGGAAAGCUAAUCAUCAAAGCUCAACUUGGGGAGGAUAUUCGACGAAUUCCCAUUCAUAAUGAAGAUAUUACUUAUGAUGAAUUAGUGCUAAUGAUGCAACGAGUUUUCCGAGGAAAACUUCUGAGUAAUGAUGAAGUUACAAUAAAGUAUAAAGAUGAAGAUGGAGAUCUUAUAACAAUUUUUGAUAGUUCUGACCUUUCCUUUGCAAUUCAGUGUAGUAGGAUACUGAAACUGACAUUGUUUGUUAAUGGUCAACCCAGACCCCUUGAAUCAAGUCAGGUGAAAUACCUCCGUCGAGAACUGAUAGAGCUUCGCAAUAAAGUGAAUCGCUUAUUGGACAGCUUGGAGCCACCUGGAGAGCCAGGACCUCCCACCAGUAUUCCUGACAAUGAUACUGUGGAUGGUAGGGAAGAAAAACCUACUGCUUCUGAUUCUUCUGGAAAACAGUCUACUCAGGUUAUGGCAGCAAGUAUGUCAGCUUUUGACCCUUUGAAAAACCAAGAUGAAAUCAAUAAAAAUGUUAUGUCAGCAUUUGGCUUAACAGAUGAUCAGGUUUCAGGGCCACCAAGUGCUCCUGCAGAAGAUCGAUCAGGCACUCCUGACAGCAUUGCUUCCUCCUCCUCAGCAGCUCACCCACCAGGAGUCCAGCCGCAGCAGCCACCGUACACAGGAGCUCAGACACAAGCAGGUCAGAUUGAAGGCCAGCUGUACCAACAGUACCAGCAACAGGCUGGUUAUGGUGCGCAGCAGCCGCAGGCCCCACCUCAGCCACCUCAGCAGUAUGGUGUGCAGUAUUCAGCCAGUUAUAGUCAACAGACUGGACCCCAGCAGCCUCAGCAGUUCCAGGGAUAUGGCCAACAACCAACUUCUCAGGCGCCAGCUCCUGCCUUUUCUGGUCAGCCUCAACAACUGCCUGCUCAACCGCCACAGCAGUACCAGGCGAGCAGUUAUCCUCCACAAACGUACACUACCCCAACGUCUCAGCCUACCAAUUACACUGUGGCUCCUGCCUGUCAACCUGGAAUGGCUCCAAGCCAACCUGGGGCCUAUCAACCAAGACCAGGCUUUACUUCACCCCCUGGAGGUACCGUUGCCCCUCCUACAAGUGGGCCCAACCCUUAUGUACGUUCUCGUCCUCCCUUUGGUCAGAGCUAUGUCCAGCCUGGACCUGGUUAUCGAUAAGGAGGCUCAGCUACACUGAUGAAUGUAGCUGAUUGCUAUCCCAAAAGACUCCAAUACUAUUUUAUUUUAAUUUGUAUUGAAGUUCAGAAAUUUAAAAAAGCAGAGCAUUUUUUAUAAUUGUCGCUGUUAAUUGAAGUAUAAAUUGCUGGAAUAUAAAACAAGACCAAAAUGAAAGUUUUUUCCUUCCCUGCUUAAAAAAUGUAGCAGCUUCCUAGUUAUUUUGGAACACUAUUCUUACAUGUGUGUAAAGUGAUUGACCUUCUAGCUUCUCUUGUCCAGAGGAUAUUAAAAUGCUGGGUUGAGAUGUAGCCAUCUUACUUGGCUUUUUACUAAUAACUUGAUGUACUUAAAGGUAGAGCCCUUUGAAAAGACAAUUAGAUAUUAUGUAUAAAUGUAACAUUGAUAGGUUAAUAAAGAUGAUUGAAUCCA